GUUGAAAAUGGUCUUCGUCAACCACACAGACAAUAAGAUUUACAACGAAGUGAACAUUUUUGGCAAUCAGGAUGACAACUGGUAUCAAGUGAAGAAACUUGUUAAAGAUUUACCACCAAUAUAUAAGAUACGAUAUAUUGGUGUUAGAGAAAGAACUUCAGAAAUAGCUCUAGAUGAAAUACUUAUUCAGCCGGAUUCCUGCACGGAUCCAACAAUACCAACAUCUCCACCGACUGACUUUCCUCUGUCAGCUUGGGACUGUGACUUUGGCGACUUCUGUGGUUGGAUCAAUAGCGGUGCGUGGGUCGUACAAGAUGGAAGAAAAGCUUUGAUUUCCAAACUAGGACCAGCACUUGACCAUACUAGAAAAGAUGCGCUAGGACGAUAUGCUUAUUACAAGCCAUUGAACGACAGUGGACAUGAUCUUAUCAGCGUGGAAAUGGAUACUUCCGAGCAAGAAUACUGUUUCCAGUUUUGGUAUUACAUACACAGCUCUUCUCCAAUCACCCUCGAAGUGCACGCGAUUCAGAAUAAUCAGAUAACUGGACCACUGUGGGUACAAAAAGCAAAUGCUGAUGAAAGAUGGAAAUAUGGUACUUUCUUCGUAGAAAACUCAGGUUGCAUGUCCAUUGUGCUAAGGCCGACAAGGAGCAAACCUCAUGUAGGAGACAUAGCAAUUGACGAUAUUCUGCUGAAGCCAGGUUGUAGCCGAAAGCUAAAGCAUAUCGCUGGCUGGGAGAUAGGUGUGAUCGUUGGAAUUAUUCUUCUCGUUAUACUCCUGGCUUCGUUAUACAUAUGGCAUAAGAAAAAAAUUAAUUCGGCGCUGAAACCACAGCAAUGAAAUAAAAGGCUUUGCGUCUUCGAGUUGGAUAUCUGAACUGCGAAAUCUUCAUAUCACAUUUUCAAGUUUUUAUUAGAUCCUCUUUAUGUUUUCUUAUGUAAAUUGAAUGUUAUCAUAAUUCAAUACAUUUGCACAUUGCAUGUGCAUACUUAAAGCUAAUAAGCUUCAGCAGGCAUAAAAAUGACGAUUUUCUGUAAUGAUCAUAUGAAAAAUGAUGAUUAUUU